CAACCACGAGAGAGUAUUUAUAGGGUCGAACCUCCCAUCCUCGCUUAUUCCUUUGGCUUUCUUUGUACCUCGAAGUUUCCAUCACAAACAGCGAGUAUCGGACUACUGAGCUGUAGCUUUUCUGAGGAAUCCUCGUGUUUCUGAAGAACAAGCAGACGUUACCAUGGGCGACCCGGUGUUGAAGGCUCUGAAGCUGAUCUUGACCUUUAGUCUCGCUCUGGGGUCACAAGCUUUGCAGCAAAGUGCACAGAGGUCGCACAGUCUGGCACAGAGUGAACACAGCUCAUCUCACGUCUUCCACAACAAGGAGCGAACUGAAAAACUCGAUGAUGACAGACAGAAGACACAGCUCUUCGCCAGGGUCGCACAAGACACACACGCCGACAACUUGUUUCCAGAAGGUUCGUGUCGUCACAAGAAGCAAGGUGGCUUGAACGCGGAUUUUCUUCUUUACGGCUACAACAGCUUGAAGGGAUGCCCUCUGGUGUCAGGUCGUGACCCCGGCUUCACCUUCCCCAUCUUUUCUGCCGACUACAGCACUAGUCACGUGACCCCAGACGGUGAAGUCCUCGUGCCGCGGGAGCUGCUGUUGUCACCGGAUGUGUCAUGUGUCACGUCGUUCACGUCAAAGACUGUGGAGACGCCGUACGACCUGACCAAGCUGCUGACUGCCACCGCGACACUGGGUGAUGAUGGAGGGUGGGGGCCUCCCUUCUCCGCCAGCCAAGACUUCCGGCAAUUCUCCGAGGACCUUAGAAAACAUGUCCUGGUUGUGUCAAGGGCGACCUGCAGUUUGCAUCACGUGACACAUUUGCUACAGAAGCCUCUGCCUCUUCAUCCGAUGUUCGUGGACUGGGUGCUGAGGCUGAAUAACACUGAUGACGAGGACGCCUACCUACAGUUUAUCGACACGUACGGCACCCACUUUGUGUCACGUGCCCGCUCUGGGGCCUCCUUCACACUCGUGCACAAGAUGGAGGAGGACGUCUACCGGCAACACACAGAGGGUCACGUGACAGCGGCUGCCAGCUACUCGUCUGCUGCGUUACUUGGACAAUACGAGACCUUGACCUCUGAUCACAAGCGAGCAGCAGACGACUUUCGAAAUCAAGUGGAGACAAUGACGGUCGCUGUCGGGGCUCCUCCUCCUUCUGACGGGGACAGUCUGAGGUGGCUGACAGCAGCAGACAACCACCCGGUCACCAUCAGCUAUGAAGUCAGCUCACUGGACGUCCUCUUCUCGAAACCUUUCAUGGGUGAGGGCAGUGCUCUCGAGCGCUACGCCAUUGAUCACGUGGGGAUGAGGAACAUGGUCCUGGCCACGAAACAGAAAUACUGCAAGUAUCUGAAGACCAAAGAACUGGUCGGUGACUGUGAACAUCUCACCCCGGGGCUGUCACUGCUUCACACAAGGCUGAUGGGUCACUCGGACUAUACACCUGCUGCUUCUGCUGACCUCUGUGUGGAGAAAUGUCAUCAACUGCCGGAUUGCGUGGCUGUCACUGUCUGUUCUGGGUGUGACACUAAUGACAUAGGACACAACGACUGUCGAGUGUUUAGGUUUGGCAACAUCCACAGCGCCGUCACCGACCCUCAGUGGCAGACGACCAUAUUGGUGAACAAACUCAAAACUCUACUGAAGGUACAGAACACCACGGCUGUUGUUGACCCCAGGUCAGAGUCGUCUCCUGCCCUUACCGUGACCUCCGCACGUGACUGCUUGACCUCUUGUGUACAAGAUGCUUCCUGUGUUGGCUUCACCUUGAGUGACACUUCUGGGCGCAUCAGUAAGUGCACGCGCCUCACAGACUUACCUGUGUCGUUGAAACAAGAAGCAGGUGCCACGGUGUACUUCCUGUCGCAGUCGUCUAAAGGCUUUGUUACACGUGGACAGACCGGACACUUCGCUCCCUCCUCCAUUCCCAACGACUGGUACAAAGCAUCGUGUGUCAUCGACGACGAAUGUCGACAGGAGAAUGCGGUGUGUUUCAUGGACAGAUGUGUGUGUAGUCCAGGCUUCUACCUGUCAACACGUGACUACACGUGCUCUGCUACCUGCAGCCCACCCGACCUACAAAGCACCUUUACAGAAUACCCUGACAGCGGCCUGACACCUCAUUACAUCCUGAUACAGGAUAAUCUCACCUUGCAACAAUGCAGUGACCUGUGUAUCAACACGAGAAGUUGUCUGACCUUUGACUUUAGAGCCAGUGGAGGGCGCUGUCUGCUUCAUGACGUCACCUCACGGGAGGCAGAGUCCGGGUGGUAUCCUCACAUCAGUAACGGGUGGACCCACUACCAGAGAAGCUGCCUGCCGUCCCCCGCCUCCUACCCAGGACCAGUGUGGUACAAGGCCCCGUGUAACAACAGCAUGCAGUGUCCGGACCCUCACAGUCAGUGUGUGUCGGGUACCUGUCUGUGCUCCUCCGGCUCCGGCUUCCACCUGUCCGACACAAACGACACGUGUCGUGCUGCAGGUCUAGUGUCUUGUCGCAACUGGCAAAAGACAGGAGGCAAGUCAGGUGUGUACUUCAUGCCACUGACAGACGACAACCAACUCCAGAAAGUGUGGUGUGACAUGGACUCUGCUGGCGGAGGUUGGCUGGUGUUCCAGAGACGUCGUGACGGUUCAGUUGACUUCUACAGGAAGUGGACCGAAUAUGAGAGAAGCUUUGGUGAUGUGACUGGGGAGUUCUGGCUGGGAUUAUCAGCGCUGCACACGAUGACUAGAGGAAGCCGUUAUAAACUGCGUGUAGACCUCGGCGAUGUGGAUGGACAUCGUCACUACGCUGAGUACUCGACAUUCAGGGUGGACGGUCCUGAGACAAACUACAGACUGACCGUGUCCGGCUACUCGGGUAACGCGGGUGACAGCAUGGAGCAUCAAAACAGCCAGAGUUUUUCAACAUAUGACCGAGACAAUGACAAGAACUCUGCCAACUGUGCCGUUAACUAUCACGGCGCCUGGUGGUACAACAACUGUCACCACUCGAACCUCAACGGCCGAUACAAGGCUGACGGCGCCUCGGGUGCUGACGGCAUCAACUGGCAACACGCCCACAAUGACUGGAGGAGCUUCACCUUCAGCGAGAUGAAAGUACAACCAGUGUAACACCGCCUUGUCUCCUGUACUCUCACUGCUUACACCCUCAGUCUACUGUACACCACACGUGACACUCGUGAUGUCACCUCAGUGCAGAUGACUGGUCUCGCAAUGUUUAACAAUGUAAACACAGUGCCACAUACUUUAAUUAUUUGUUGCUGUGUCAUUCCUAUGUGUAAGUGUUGUAUUAUUUGUUUUAAAUUAAGUUUCACUUUGCGUAAACCAGACAAGUGUAUUUAUGAUUAAUUUGACACAUGAGUUGUGUGUAGCUGCUGAUAGAGUGUAAUCAACUGUAGCGAUCACUAAUAGUAUAUGCAAGUAUGGUGAUUAACAUACAAUUUAACAAAUAACAAUCAACUAAUAGUUUAAUUUAACAAUAAUUCAAAAUAAAAGAGACUGAUUGUAUCAAACACUGUUGGACAUUAUUUUCCUACUGACGACAACUACACAUGACUCCGAAAUAAAGAAUGGACAGCGAGGACAAGCUGGUCUGAAAAUUAAUGUAGGUUGACUUUACUGGACAUAAGAAUAAAACAACUCAUUAACUACAUCUUUUUCACACUGAUUAAUGACAUCAGCACUGAUGAAAAAUAAACCAAAUACAUGUAUUAAAGAAGAAUGAUGAAAGAGAAA